UCACUUGCAGAGGUAAAAUUGCCCCACUCAACACAGCACGAGAGACCAGAAAGAGAGGAAAAAAUACAGAGACAGAGAGAUGGCGAGGGAAGAGACGGUGAGAAACGCAGAGAAGCUGGUAGAGAGAUUCAUGAAAGGGAACGAUGCAUCUCACGACGCAACGCACGUCUGGAGGGUCAGAGACCUCGCCCUCACUCUCGCACGUGAGGAGGGCCUCUUCUCCAACCCUGACUCCAUGGAGAUAAUAGAGCUUGCUGCACUUCUCCAUGAUAUAGGUGACUACAAAUACUUAAGAGAUCCAUCUGAGGAGAAAAUUGUUGAAAAUUUUCUUGAGCAAGAGUGCAUAGAGGAGCACAAGAAGAUCAAGAUUUUACAGAUUGUCAAGGGAAUGGGUUUCAAAGACGAGCUUGCUGGGCUUGUAAAUAAUGAACUUUUUCCGGAAUUUGGAAUCGUGCAAGAUGCUGAUCGUCUUGACGCAAUUGGUGCAAUUGGCAUUGCUCGCUGCUUUACUUUUGGUGGAAGUAGGAGCAGGGUGCUACAUGAUCCUGCCAUUCAGCCACGAUCAGAUGUAUCUAAGGAACAGUACAUGAAGAAAGAUGAGCAGACUACUGUGAAUCAUUUUCAUGAGAAGCUUCUCAAGCUGAAGCAUUUGAUGAAAACCAAGGCUGGUCAGAAGAGGGCUGAGAGAAGGCACAAAUUCAUGGAGGAGUUCCUAAAGGAGUUCUAUGAAGAGUGGGAUGGGAAAGCUUGAAAGAGAUACAUGUCUUUACCGUUGGAGAUUUUAUCUCAAUUGAUUUCUGAUAUUGUUCUAAAGGUAUACUGCAUCAACGUUGUUCUAAUACUGUGCUGAAAAGAUGCUAGGGAUUGAGAAUUUCACAUUUAUAUUACAUAAUAAAUGUAUAAACAUGGAGAGUUUCCUUGGAUGGCCCUGAAUAAUUGAAUGCCAAGCAUGAGAUCAAGGACAUUAAUGCUUCUGUAUGUCAUCUUGAUGAAGAUUAGUUGGGACAUGAGGUAA